AUGAAUACCUUCAGCUCGAAAUACAUUGGAGGGCAUACGGAUGUGAUUGCUGGAGUGGUUACUGUAGCGAACUACGAUAACUGGAAUAGACUGAAACUUCAGCAGCUGACUACUGGAAGUUCAUUGAUGAAAAAAUGCCGAAAACCACCACAAUCGGUGACAAUUAACAUCAUUCCAAGUGUGAUUAUCACACCGGCAGANCCCGAGAGAGAGAGAGAGAGAGAGAGAGAGAGAGAGAGGGUCUCUUGGGGAGUUGAAAUCCGGGUCAAAAUGAGGACAAAUGUUUCAUUAUUUGACAACUUCCUCUUAUCUCUCUCAGUAACCCAGAUAAAUUGGCUAAAGUUAGAGUAUGUGACUAAUUGUUUAAUGAUAGCAAGUUAUCAAUACCUGGUUGUUCACAUAUCACAUGUUUAUUCAAUCGCUUUUAGAUUCCGUUUAUCUCUGCGUCUCUCUCUCUCUCUCUCUCUCUCUCUCUCUCUCUCUCUCUCUCUCUCUCUUUUCCGAGAGAGCACUGAUUUCUUGCCCUGUUCUCUUUUUUUUUCGCUAACUGAGUACUUAAAUUCGAAAACUCAAAAAACAUUUUCCUCAUUUUUUAAAAUCCCUAUUUCUUUUUGUUUAACAACAGUUGUCAUUUUUCUUCUUCUCGACUAG